AUGAGUGCUAUUAUCUCCACACAACCAUAUCUCUGCCAGUUCAACGAAUUAGGAAUAGAUCCAGCAACCGGCCUCUGCAGAGGACCGAGCGCAGAUACCCAAGGUGGCAUCACAGCUGCCAUGCCUGGUGGCUCGUGGCUUGGUGCCUUGGUAUCUGGUUUUGUGUCUGAUCAAUUUGGUCGAAAGACUUCGAUUCAGAUUGGCUCUAUCAUUUGGAUUGUUGGAUCUAUCAUCUCCUGUGCUUCCGUGAAUAUUCCUAUGCUCAUCGUCGGACGCAUCAUCAACGGCUUCAGCGUAGGAAUCUGCUCCGCUCAAUGCCCUGUUUACAUCACCGAGCUUGCACCCCCUUCAAAGCGUGGACGAUUGGUUGGAAUGCAGCAAUGGGCCAUCACGUGGGGUAUCAUGAUCAUGUUCUUCAUUUGCUAUGGUUGCAGUAAGAUAGGGGGUGCUGCUUCUUUCCGUGUGCCCUGGGGCCUCCAAAUGGUUCCCGCGGUCCUACUCUUCCUGGGACUUCUCUUCAUGCCUGAAUCACCUCGUUGGUUGGCAAAGAAGGAUCGCUGGGAGGAGACCAAGGCAGUCCUUGAUUUGGUUCAUGGCAAAGGCGACCCCAACUCACCAUUUGUUCGCAAGGAGAUCAGCGAGAUUCGGGAGGUCGUCGAGUUUGAGCGACGCAAUGCUGACGUCACCUAUUUUGAAUUACUCAAGCCGAGCAUGAUCAACCGAACACAUAUUGGUAUUUUCACUCAGAUUUGGUCACAAUUGACAGGAAUGAAUGUAAUGAUGUACUAUAUUACGUACGUCUUUACAAUGGCAGGCCUGGGAGGAGACGUGCUGCUGCCCAGCAGUAUUCAGUUCAUCAUCAACGUCGUACUGACAGUCCCGGCACUCAUCUGGAUGGACAAAUGGGGUCGUCGUAUGCCACUGCUCGUCGGCGCCUUCUUCAUGUGCCUUUGGAUGUGCAUCAACGCAGGUCUGUUUGCGGUUUACUCACGACCACCGGUCCCUGAGGACCACUUCACUUCGGAAUCCGAGUCAAUGGCCAUUACUGGCGCGCCAGCUAAAGCGGUUAUUGCCUCGACUUACCUUUUCGUCGCGUCAUAUGCUCCCACUUGGGGACCUGUCAGCUGGACCUACCCCCCGGAGUUGUACCCGCUGCGCGUCCGUGGAAAGGCCGUCGCCUUGGCGACAUCUGCCAACUGGGCCUUCAACUUUGCCUUGGCGUACUUUGUGCCUCCCGCUUUUGUCAGCAUUACCUGGAAGGUAUAUGUGCUGUUCGCCGUAUUCCUUGUCUCCAUGUUCCUGCACGUCUUCUUCCUCUUCCCGGAGACGGCGAACAAGCCUCUUGAGGAGGUUGAGGCCAUAUUUGAUUACAGCACGCCUGGAUCAAUCAAGUACAUUGGUACUCCAGCAUGGAAGACGCACAAUGACCGCCACCACACCAUCCGUGCGGAGCGCAACGAGAUCGAUGUCGAGGAGAAGAUCAGCGCUGAGGUUGAGCACAAGGACAGCAACGGGGCUCACGUCUAG